ACAGCAAUAAACAAUAAACAUCGUAUAUGCCAAGUUAAUUUUGUUGUCGAAAUUGAAACAAUUAAUAAGCAAAAAUAAAGUGAAAAGAACAAUGGAUGAAGUACGAUAUAUAUUUGGCACAUAAAGCUUGUUUAUUAUUAUAUAUGUUUAUAAUCUUAUGAGCAUUUAUAAUUCUUUGACUUUGUCGUUUUCACUAUGGAUGAAGAUAAUUUUGCUUUGGUGGAAAAAAUUAUUAAAGACCUACAUAAUGUUCUCGCCAAAAUUCCAGAUUUAUAUGCUUUCGACGUUGUUCCUGUGGACGUAAAUUAUCAAAAUAAGUCACCGGUACUGCAUUUGGAAAACUGUUUAGGGCUCGAGUCCUGGUGUGUGAAACAUGUUUAUAUGUAUUGUUAUUCUGAGCUAAUGAAUAAGUUCUGUGUAAAGUCUAAAAAAAUAAAUAAAAGGAUAUCAACAGUAGACUUUGAUCGCGUUAUACGACUUCUAAAUGUAACAUUGCUUUUAAAUCCAGAAAUUAAUACAUUGUGGAAUAAAAGGCGAGAUUGGGUUUUACAAUCUUCUUUAAAUAAGAAUAAUGAACUGCAUUUCACAAGAUUAAUUUUAUCCAGAAAACCUAAGAGUAACGAAGCUUUUGGGUACAGACGGUGGCUCUUGAAAUCAAUUUUACAAGACGACCAUCAAAACAACUCUAUUGAAACACUGAUAAACGACGAGCUUAUAAUUUGCAAUUUGGCCUCCGAUAAAAGCCCCAAUAACUAUCACAGUUGGAAUCACCGCAUGUGGCUACUUAAUAUCUUAAAAAAUAUGACACUUAACGUUGAUAUUAAUUCUUUGUACAUAAAGGAAUAUCAUUUUUCAGAAAAAUGGACUUCCAAACAUGUUUCAGACUUUAGUUGUUUUCACUAUCAUGAAUUUUGCUUAAGAAAUAUUUAUGAUCUAAGCGAUAAAGAUUGGAAGAUAUUGGAAACGACAUUAAAUACUAAUUUCCGUGAAGUUUUUGUUAGAUUUUUGGCAUCAAAUUUUCCUAAAGAUUCAACGGUUCAAGCCUCUGAGGAAAACCUUUUGAGGUAUUCAGAAAAAAACAUCAUGAGCCUCCUUCUUGCAUAUUCUAAUAGAAAUUGUAACUGCGAUGUGAAUUAUGUGAAAUUAUGCAGAAAGAUUGAGAUUUUGUUUCAUGCUUUGGUGGCAAAUGAUGAGUUGAUACGUUUUUAUAAGUACCAUGAGACUUUAUGGUAUCAUAGAAGAUUUAUCAUACACGAGAUCAUAGUCAUCAUGUACGACCAUUUUGGUUUGGUCCGUCACAAUGGAGCUCUAACGAAGAUGUCAUGUAAAAAUUGCAAUUCUGAUGAAUUGAGACAGAAACAGGCGAAAAUUGGGAGAUAUGACGUCAACCGUAUUUACACCUGCAUACUAUUUAAUGUUGUUUUGACCCAUGAGAAGAAAAUCAUCAACGAGAGACGUUUGGAUGGAGACAAUUAUGCUGACCGCCACGAAAAUUAUUUGAAAUUUGUUGAGGGCCUUAAUAAUGUUAUUUGAAUGCAUUUGUAAUUUUGUACUGAUACUAUACUUAAUGUAUGUAUUAACUUGUUUUAAAGACAUUACCAAUUUUUUAUUUUUUUUAUUUCUGUAAUAAUAUUAACAGACAUGUGUACAGGCGGUAAGUGUGUUACAAUAUUUAAUAUUUAUUUAAACAUUUGUGGUUACACAAAUAAAAAAUAUAUUUUUUUCUUAAUUCUAUUUUUAAAUGUUUAUUCAGAAUUUAAUUUAUUUUGUUUGAAUUAUGAUUUUCUAUUUAUAUAAUAGAUUUUCAGUUUAUUUAAGAAUUAUAUAAUAGAUCUUCAAUUUGAAUAAAAGACAUUACUUAGUUA